UUCGUAUCCAGGAUCGCGCAGAGAGGCGAGAGGUGAGAAAGAGAGUGAGAGAGAGUGAGUGGGGCAGCGGAUGACAAUGAUGGCCGCCACCAGCGAUGAACGGUGUGUUAUGGAGCCUGAGAGAACGAAUUCGGGGCAGAGUCAGCCUAUGGACCGGCUGAAGCUGCUCUAUCCGAUGGUGAACGAGGAAGAGACACCGCUGCCGCGUGCCUGGAGCGCCAAAGACAAGUACACCUACAUAGGCCUGUCGCAAAACAAUCUUCGCGUUCACUACAAAGUGAGUCGGGGAUGCCUUCGUUCUCCAGGUUACGGCAAAACACACAAAGACGCUGCCAGCGUUCGCGCGACGCACUCGAUACCGGCUUCAUGCGGCUUGUAUUACUUCGAGGUGAAGAUUGUGAGCAAAGGUCGUGACGGUUACAUGGGAAUCGGCCUCUCGGUACAAGGUGUCAACGUAAAUAGACUGCCUGGCUGGGAUAAGCAGUCAUACGGCUAUCACGGUGACGAUGGUCACAGUUUCUGUUCAAGUGGUACUGGUCAACCCUACGGUCCAACCUUCACCACCGGUGACGUGAUUGGUUGCGGCGUAAAUCUCGUCGACAACACUGCUUUCUACACAAAAAAUGGUCAUCACUUGGGCAUCGCUUUUACUGACCUCCCCCCAAAUCUUUUUCCGACAGUCGGUCUGCAGACUCCGGGCGAGGUAGUGGACGCAAACUUCGGACAGCUGCCGUUUGUCUUUGACAUUGGGGACAUGAUCAACGAACUGCGCGUACGAACAAGAUUACAGAUCAUAAACUAUCCCACGCCAGAUCACGGCCAGGGCCAGUGGCAGGCAAUCCUUCACAAAAUGGUGUCCACGUAUCUCGUCCACCAUGGUUACUGGGACACCGCCGAGGCGUUUGCCAGCAGCACUGGUCAAGUGUUCGAGGAGGACUACAACUCGAUAAAAAAUCGCCAGAAAAUUAUAAAGCUGGUGCUGUCCGGUCGGAUGGGGGAGGCGAUAGAAGUGACUAGUCGAUUAUAUCCCGGACUUCUGGAAAAGGACCCGGAUUUGCUGUUUGCGCUCAAAUGUCGUCAAUUCGUGGAGAUGGUGAACGGCAGUGAUUCGGAAGUGUGUCAGAGCAAUGGCAAUCCUAAUCAGACUAGUGUCAUACAGUCAACCAAAGCGUACACGAAAUCAGCAACUGGCACCGUGGAAGAAAUGAACAUCAAUAAUACGAUGAACGGCACCAGUGGUCCGCAAUUCGUUAACGGUCAGAUAGAGGAUGAUGUAGACAUGGAAGAGAGCAAUGUCAAUGCCAUAAAUGGUGUUAAGAACAGUACUGGAUAUCAGAAUGGUAAUCUGGACGCAAAUGGCUACAAGUGUCAAAACGGAGAAGAUGUAGAUAUGGAAAUCGACAACAGUGCCAAUCAAAGUCAACAGCAGACUAGCAACAUUACUGAUAGCACGACGAGUAAAAAUAACAAGAAGCAAUUGUGCGGUGGUAACAAGCAGGCGAUUGAGAAGAUGCUGGAGUUUGGCAGACAGUUGUACUCACAAUCGAUACAUCUGAGGCAGCAGUAUGGGAAGAACGAGAGCAAUAAGAAGAUGCUGCAAGAUGCUUUCAGUCUAUUGGCGUAUUCCAAUCCGUGGAACUCGCCGGUCGGUUGGCAACUCGAUCCUCAGCAGAGAGAAACAGUCUGCGCGAGGUUGAACUCUGCUAUUCUUGGGUCUAGUAAUCUACCCCGUCGGCCACCGCUGGAAGUUGCGGCAUCUCACGCCAGAGAGCUCGUCCAUUUAAUGUCGACUGCGGGCUUAGGUGCCUGUGGAUUUGCAGUAGUAGAUAAUAUUAUUCAAUAUUGACGGUGCCUACCACUGCUACCACGCCCGCCUCUUCUACCAGCGCGAGUAUGGUAUGAAAACUCCAUACAAAGAAAGAUUAAGGAUGCGGAGGCGGAACGUGGAGCAGAUAGUUCUGUUGACGCAGCAACAUCGCGAUGUCGCGUGCCUCUUCAGCUAGAGCAGCCGGAUUUAUCGGUGCCUUGGCUCGAUCUCACACCACAGACACGAACAUACAAGGUGAACGCUCAGACCUGCCAACCAAAAUGACACCUCAUGAAAUUUUUAGCUUAAAUCGGAUGGACGGUCAACUUUGGAUAAACUACUACGCCGACCAAGAUCGAGAAAUGGCAGUUCACUCAAUGCUGAUCCCCCGUUCCCGGCGGUUGAUCGCGUACGCACUGCGGCCGACCACACCACACGUUUUUGACAUGUUGUGACUAUUCUAUUAUUAUACGAUAUUUUUCUGUAUCCCUUUAUUUUUUCCCCCUUUUUAUUUUUUUUUUGUAUUCGAUGUCAGUUUACCCUUCGUUUGCGAACCUCUCGGACAUUUAAUCGCGAUUUGGCGCGUUAGGCGAAUAAAUACGCGCGAUGACGGCGCGGCGUAUCGCCGCCGCGGAAUAUCAUAGUUGUCCAAUUAUCCGUGAUAAAUCGUGCGUCGUUAAUUAAGUAGCAGCGAGUAUUGUGCAAUAUAACGAUUACACGCGUUGAACACGCGUCUGGAUAUAUAGAAUGUGUGACCAAAGUCAUUUUGCGCGAAGUGACAUUUUCCACGAGAAUGUUCUUAGCUUGUAUAUUUCGCGGCGCACGAGGAUAACGCGUUAUCAUUUGCAUUUAAAGUUGUGUCAAGAUGUAUUCAAUAAUAUAAAACCUGAUUAGAUGUAGCAAAAUUUUCUGAUGAUUCAUCGUUUAGGAGGGGGAGGGGGUGAGAGGAGAGUAAGAUAACGUAUUAUUGUGCUUCGAAAAAAAAACAAAAAAAAAUUAACGACAGAAAAAUUCAUCGCACACGAGCCGAACUAAUUUUAUGCAUUCACGUGGCUUGAACGAUGCUAUUUAAUUUUUCAUGCACCUCAACGAUAGAAAACAUUUUCUUCCUCGUUUUAUUUUGACAAAUCGGCACAACGAUAUCUCUCUAUACCUUGAUUUCUAAUUAUUCUGGGAGCGGCGGGAGCAUGUUCAUUUAGGAAUGAACGACGUCUUACGUUUAUAUAAAUAGUUGCGAAAAAGGGGAAAAAAAAAAACAAAAAAUCUAUAAACUUAACUAAGGAACGAUCUUGUACUCUAUACUAAGUAAUUGUUUUUUAUAUGCGACAUAGUAUAUUAUUAUAUUAUAUAUUAUUAAAGAAAAGAAGAAACCACAAAUAAGAAAAUCGUAUGCAGCUAGGCGUAAGCGUGCGUUUAAAUACAAUAAUUUACUAUAUAUACAAGAAAAAAUUAUAUUAAUUAAAAUAGAAUUACUCGAAUUAAAUAAUUUUUAGUGUUAUUGUUUUGUGUACUAUAGAUAGAAUUAUAAUACGAAUAUGUGCGAAUACAGCAAUGAUUUGGCUAAGACGAUUCAUAAACGUCAUUUUAUUUCGUCGCGCAUGUUGUUGUUAUCGCGAUUAUCCCGCCAGAAUCUUUGAGUAAAUUCACGACUUAUUGUACAGGCUGAAUCAAAAUUGAAUUUUACCGGGAAUAAUCGUCAUUGUUGCUUGGAGAUUUGUUAGAGCUCGCGUUUUGUUGCGGACCGGCGACAAAUUGACAACCUGCUCAUUCUCGUAUCGGACCAUUCGCCGGCCCGAUCGACCAUGUAUGACAGCAAAAAAUUAGCCGAAUCAUCGAGACGUGCUCAGUAGAUCAUCGGCAUUCUUGUCACUCGACCCUUUCGUUUUGCGCCCUUCCAGUCGUUGGCUCCCGAAUGUCGUUUUGCCCCUUGCCUGCCUUCUAAGUCUUUCGAAAAAAAAAGAAAAUACUUUCAAAGUGCAUAUUUUAGGUAAUAAAGAUACAUUGUAAUAUAUAUAUGUGCCUAUCUUAACGUAACUUUAUUUUCGUUCUCGAUUUAUCGCAUAAGUUCGACGUGCACGGUCAUACAUCGCCUUUAUUUCUUCUCCGAAGAUCGUCAACCUAGCCUAGCGCGGCGAGGAGGCUGUGUGGGUGUCACGUUGUAUUCCCGUAUCACGUACGUCCGCGACAAAGCAGGAGGGACGACAUUCCUCCGUUCCGUAAUGAGAGGCUGAUGCACAUACGUGUGUAGAGUAUGCACCGACCUUCGUUGAUCGUCGAAGGAUAGUAAAUGUUCACUCUCGAAAGAGCCAAGAUUUCCUCUCGAGGUCUUCUCACUCAAAGCGACUCGUGCACAGAAUGUAGCUAGCGUAUACAGCAAGUGGCGUAAAAUAGGGAAGCAGUAAAUCACUUUUUCCGCUUUUAACUUUGACGAACUAUUCGCACUUCAACACGAUCGCACACGCACGCCCGCGCAUAUUUUCCGUCUGCGGUAAUCUAGUCAUUUUCGAGGUAUCCAUCGAUGACAAAUUGAAUCGCUUAUCUCUAUUACACUUGGAUUAACCCUUAUCCGGCAAGCCCAUCUUCUAAAAAGACAAACGGGUAUAACGUUAUUUUUUUUAUAAAAAUUAUAUGAAAAUAUAUUUGUCUUCAUAUAAUCCAAGAUAAUCUUACAAAGUUAAGAAAUGUAUUUUAGGAAGUAACUAUAACUUUCGAGGAAUUGAAAAAAAGCUCAGCUUGCCCGGAUACGAGUUAAAUGUUGCUCGAUUAAUUUAUAUAAGAACGGAAAAUUUAUAUAUAAAAUCGUGAUCACACAUUAUUUUGAUAUUACACGUCAUGCAACACUGAUUCUGUAAUGCGUACGCGCGCGCGCGCGCGUGUGUGUGUGUGUAUGUGAUAUAUAUAUAUAUAUAUGUAUAUGUAUAUGUGUAUAUAUAUAUAUACUAUAUAUAUAUAUAUAUAGUAAAUAUGUAUCUAUACUAUGCUUUUUGAUAUGACAUAUAAUUGUAGUUUAUGUAACGAAAAUCAAGUAUCUUGAAUCCAAUUUUAGGAAGACGAGCGAACGUAAUGGCGACGGCGGCCAUCGAAUUAGUUAUUUCUAAACUCUGAAUAUGUUGAAAAAUAUUUUAACAAUAGAAACGUUAUUUUUAUACGUGUACGAUGUAGUUAUAUUAAAUGAGUGGCGUCGUGUGUAACGAAAUCAUGUUACAUCAUUAGUAGAGACAUUUAACUAAGUCGUCGUUAUAAAUUCUUCGCGUAGGAACAUUGUGCAGGGUGAUUCGGGAGCGUGUCCGCGCCGGCGAAACACUCUGUAUUAUCAAAUAAAACUAAAUCGAAAGUU